CCGCGUAUGUUAUUUUAACUAGUAUGGAACCUUAGCUUUACACUUUGAUGAAGAGGUUGCAUAUAUAUGGGUAUGCUUUAUUACCUCUCGGAUCUGCCGUCGUGUUUAUUCUCCACUCGACAAAGUCGAAAAAAUGGACGACGGGAAAAGCCAUGUACUUGCUGGUAUUUUUCGUCCGUAGACUUUAGAGUUGGAACCUACCUUCUAACCAUUAGUAGACCAGAUACACGGGCGCCUUCUUUCUGCUGUAUCUGUCCACAAACAUUUUCGAGAUUGGAUGGAGAGACACACACGGCUUUGUUCUGCAGGUUUAAAUGGCCAACUUUUCACCGGAUUUGGUACCAUGGCAAUGCUACUCGCUGAAGUCAUCCUUCAGAUGCGUGUGUACGCUCUGUUUGGCCGGAACAGGAUGAACCUUGUUGCAUUUGUCAUAUUGACAGCUCUUCUGUUUGGGUUCAAUAUUCUGCAACUGACUCGCUUUCUUAUUGAUAGUGAAGAUAAUGUACCACUCGAGCGUCUCUCCUUGAAGUCCAAUUUCAUUCCUCUCACGUGCACUGGAGCACUUCCCAUGUCUGGCAUUGCGUGGUCGGUAACUGCAUUCGUGGAGUUGCUUCUGUUUCUUCUGGUGAUUUGGAAGACGAUUCAGUUGAGGAAGGAAUACGUCUUGGGGUAUGAUAAAGGUCAUAUAUUCAAGACCCAGGACAUUGUUGCGUUGAUGGCAAGAGAUUCCAUCGUGUAUUUUGCUCUAAUAUUCAGCGUGUGCUCGAUGGGCGUUGUCAUCACAUUUGUCCAAGAACACGACAAAGGUCUUGAUGGUGACAUCGGUUUCACCAUCGAGAAUUUGAAGAACGCUUAUCAAACGGUAGUAAUAACAGUGAUGACUAUUUUUGCUCCGCAACUUCUUAUAAACCUGCGCGCGGAGUCGUAUGGUCCUGUUGGGAUAAUUGCAACUCAGCUUACUACUUGGAAUGCUGAAGCUGGGACAUAUUUUACGUCUACUUUCGAGUUCGCAGUUGCAGCCAAUCCGGCCAUGACAGUAGGACUUGCCUCAUUACAUUCUGCCCACCCCAUGACCUCCGGGAGCUCGGAGAACGAGAGUCCCAAGCGUUUGAGUGUAUGA